AUGGCCCUCUCCGUUACCCCUUUUCUCUCCGCGUCAACCACAGACGACGAAACCACCACAUUCGUCACUGCGACAGUUGUAAAGACCGCAGUCGUCCGGUUGAGUCGAUCUACAAUCAUCUUUACGCUUGGUACUGAUUCCGUUCUUUCCACUGCGCAGACGACUUCUGCAGAAACGACACGCGUGGAUGCGACAACUUUUCAGCCAACGGAAGCCACCACGACAACGACGACGACGCCCGAACCCACCACAACGUACAGUUCCGCCCAAUCCACCACUGCUGAGUCAAAUUCAACGACGUCAAGUUUAUCUACCACGACCUCAACACCUGCAUCUAAUGGCAUUCCCCUAGCAACGAGCAUCGGGGUGGGCGUCGGCGUCGCUCUCGGCAUUAUUUUGCUCGCAGCCGUUGGCUUCUUCAUGUGGUACAGACGACGCAAACGCAGGAACAACAUUCAGGCAUCUAUGGUCGCCGAGACGGGACAAGCGGAUGGGUUUCGGGCGGAGAAGGCAGGUGUCAACGAGCUUGACGGGGCACAUACGGAGAGAUUCUGGGGACGUGCUGAGCUGCCGGGUGGUCACCGCUUAUCGGAGCUGGAUGCCGGGCCCGUGAGCUCGGCAUCCACGCCGAACGCCUUCGGCCGGAGAUCGGAGAUGGCAGCAGAUGAUACCCCGAUGGCAUAG